AUGAAGACCGUGAAACCGAGUGUCGGAGCACUGAUCAGUGGCCUGCCGGGUAUCGGCAAAACUGCGCUAGCACAGGCUAUUUGCAAAUCUAUCGGGGUGAAGACGAUUUUCCUCAAUGCAGCGGAUAUUUUCCAGACGUACGUUGGUCAGUCCGAGAAGCAGCUCGUCAAGAUCUUUGAAGGGGCGGUGCUGCAAGCUCCGUGCGUGCUGCUGAUCGAUGGCAUUGAGGCGAUUGCUGGUUCUCGGCGCGCUUUGGCAGAUUCGCAGAGUGCUCUGGAGAUUGGCGUGCUGGGUGCGCUGCUGUCGUCUCUGGAGAAGAUCAAGGCGUCGUCGCACCGAGUGCUCGUGUUGAGCACCACAACACGCCCUGGAGAUGUGGAUCCUGCGGUGCUUUCGAACGGAAGACUCGAUCAAAUUGUGAAGAUCGAACCUCCUUCUCAAACCGAACGGCUUGAGAUUCUUCGGAUUAUGACGAGGACGUGGCAGGGCGACAAUCUUGAAGAUGGAUUCCUGGACCAACUUAGCGAAAGCACUGGUGGAUUCGUUGGUGCGGAUCUAUUGAGCCUUUGCCAGAAGACGUUGCAGUACUGUUUGAACGAGGCAGCGGCCACAAAAUCCGAGGACAGAGCUAUGGUUUGCCCACGCCACUUUGAGCUGGCUCUUGCAGUGACCUAUCCGUCUGUACUCCAGACGCAUCACGUCUCGCAAAAGCAGCAGCAGCCGGUGUCUACGUCGAUUCAAAAGCACAGCGAACCCACGUCUUCCGGUUCUUUCCCGGGUGUUUUCGGUAUGAAAGACGCUAUCCAAACACUACGAGUGUCCAUGAUAGAGCCGCUGGAGGAUUGUAGCCGCUUUCUGCGGUUUGGAACGACUCCACCGAAAGGUGUGCUGCUAACAGGACCGCCAGGAUCUGGCAAAACGCACCUGGCUAACGCGGUAGCUGAAGAAGUCCGUCGCCGUGGUCUCGCUUCCUUCGUGUCUGUCCAAUGCAGCGACCUGCUCACGAAGAUUGUUGGUGACACCGAAAAGGCUCUGCGCGAGCUCUUUGCCACUGCCAGAAAUGCAGCGCCUUGUGUGCUGUAUUUCGAUCAAAUCGAGAGCAUUGCGCCUGUGCGAGGCUUUGACACAAGUACUGAGCAGACCUUUGAUCGUAUGCUCAGUAUGCUACUGGUCGAAAUGGAUGGCUUCAACACAAGCCGGACCAAGCUUCAGCGGAGCUUAGCGAGUGACAAGGCGCGCAUGGAGUUUCUGAAGCAACACGUUGUCAUUCUCGCCUCCACAACGCACAAGGAACUUCUUGAUCCCGCUAUUCUUCGACCAGGACGUUUCGAUGUUCACAUCCAGGUUGACUUCCCGGAUGAAGAAGCACGGCGUGAGAUGAUCCUCCAGGCUCUGAAGAAGGUUCUUAUUGACUACUCUGCCGUCCCAGCAUUCGAUUCUCGCGAGGUACUAGCAGGACACAUGGCCAAGCGUACCACCGGAUUGUCCGCGGGCGACGUGAGUGCCAUUCUUCGCGAAGCAGCCAUGGCGUCGAUGCGUGACGAUCUGCAGGCUACGGCAGUGUCGAUCAAGUACGUGCUGCAGGCCCUGGACGAAGCUACCGAUGGCCCUCGAGCUUCGAUUCGCAGUAACCAAGCACGGCGCAAGGCUGCGGAUGCCCGACGCUUUGGUGCAUGA